AUGAAGAACUUCCGUGGAAGGAAAUCAUCAGAAUUGUCUAGCACUGGGCUCCCCGGAAACUUGGUUAAAUGUUCUCUGAAUAGUAAAAAAGUGACAGAUGCCAGUGUUCAAUGGGCUUCACUCCCAUCGUCCCUUGCAAAGCUUGGGAAGGAAGUUAUGAAGCAAAGAGAUGCAGCACAGAUUGCAGCAAUUGAGGCCAUGCAAGAGGCUUCUGCUGCUGAGAGUUUGCUUCAAUGUCUCAGUAUAUACUCUGAGCUAAGUAAUUCUGCAAAGGAACACAACCCGCAGCCCGCAGUAGAACAGUUUUUGAGUCUUCAUACAAGCCUAAAUGGUGCUCGCUUAGUUGCUGACUCCCUAUCAAAAACCAUUCCUGAUGGUUCAUCUGCAGAUUAUGAAAAGAACACAAUGGAAGAAGCACUAAAAGUAACAUUAGACAGGCAAAAACACGCAGCUUCCUGGGUUCAGGCUGCCUUAGCGACCAAUUUAUCAUCCUUUGCAGUCUUUACCAGAGAAUCUCAAUCAUCCAAGCAUCCAGCUUCGAGUAAUGGUCAACAUCAAAAGACUAUCCUGGGAAGUCAACCCAUGUUAGUUCUAGAGAAUGGCCGUGAAGAUGCUUCUUCAAAACCACAGGUAAAAACCCGUUCAGUAGCCAAUUCUAAACAUGCCUCGCAAGGAACUCCCCGUCGAACAAGUGACGGGCUAGCAAAUGGACAAAAGCAGCUGCCUCAGCCGCCUCAGCCUUGGUUAAGGGAAAUGGGGCUUGAUGAAGUGGUAAAUUUAGCCGAAAUGCUACAAUCACGGUCCAGAGACUGGUUUUUGGAUUUGUUGAGAAAUUCUUGGAUGCUGAAGGGGACAACUCUGUCAGAUAAUGGCCAAAUAGCCGGUAUGUUAUCUCAGCUAAAGAGUGUAAAUGAUUGGUUAGAUGAGAUAGGGUCGAAUAAGAUUGAGGGAGAAUCAUGCCAGAUAUCAGCAGAGACAAUUGACCGGUUGAGGAAGAAGAUUUAUGAAUAUCUUCUAACACACGUUGAAUCUGCCGCGGCCGCACUAAGUGGUGGAUCACAAUCAUCACCUCGGAUCCAAGCAACAGAGACUAAGUCGAAAAGGUAAAAAAUAGAUAGAUGCCUUAGCUGAAGGACGGAUUGUUAGGGUGAGGAGGCGUGGCUACCUUGCUCACCGAAGUUGAGCUGGUCCCCCUCGCUGCGCCCUGCCCCAAAAGAAAUUUUUCUUCUUCUCUUUUUGUACAUAAAUCCUACAUUUGUUUGAGGUAUAGGUGGAGUGGUAAAUUAUUUAUCAGAGGAAGUAGCUACUGUGAACUGCGAAUAAGGUUACCCCAUUUGUCUGAGAAUUGUUCAGGUUAUACGAAUGAAAAUAUAAGCAAAACUGAUCUUUCUUGGGUUA